UUAACAAUGCAGUCUUCAAUUUCCGUGAUCCUCAAUCAAGUCCCCAGAUACCAAACUCUCGAGAACCAUAUCCAUGGCGGCAACCACCAAGAGGUAUGCAGUGGUCACGGGAGGAAACAAGGGGAUUGGGUUCGAGAUUUGCAGGCAGCUGGCUUCUCACGGCGUUCUGGUUGUUUUAACAGCCAGAGACGAAAACAGAGGCCUCCAAGCUGUUCAGAAGCUCAGAGAUGGCGACCCAGCUCUCUCAGAAAACUUAGUCUUCCACAAACUUGAUGUGGCAGACAGUAGCAGCAUUUCUUCCCUCGCAGAUUUCAUCAGAGCCCAAUUCGGGAAGCUUGACAUCUUGGUGAACAAUGCUGCGAUUUUCGGGGCGACGAUGGACGUAGAUGUUAUGAGAGCUGUCGGGCAGGACAGGGUAACGCUAUUUUUCGUACGAAUUGAUUAGCUAUUAUCUUCGUUUGGGUCAAUCUUACUAACAUAUGAACUUCCAACAGUGGUUUGAGAGCAUUACAGACACAUACGAAUUGGCAGAAGAAUGCUUGAAAACAAACUACCAUGGCGCCAAGCAAAUGAUAGAAACGUUUUUGCCACUGCUUCAGCAGUCUGAUUUGCCCAGGAUUGUCAACGUUUCCUCUGGCAUGGGGAAGCUGAAGAAUGUCAAGAAUGAAUGGGCUACAAGCGUGCUGAGUGAUGUCGAGAAUCUGACUGAAGAGAAAGUGGAACAAGUGUUGAAUCAGUACCUGAAAGACUUCAAGGAAGGUUCGUUGGCAACCAAAGGCUGGCCGCGUGGGGCUUCUGCAUAUACACUGUCGAAGGCAGCGUUGAAUGGUUACAGCAGGAUCAUAGCCAAGAAGUACCCAAAUCUGUGCAUCAACUGCGUUUGCCCUGGAUAUGUGAAGACGGAUAUUAACCAGAAUACUGGGUUUAGAACCCCGGAUGAAGGCGCGGAAGGUCCUGUGAAGUUGGCAUUGUUGCCCUAUGGCGGGCCUUCUGGUCGUUUCUUUGAUCAGACAGAGGAGGGUUCCUUCUGAUAUUCCAUAGAUGUCAGCUUGCUGUAGUAUGGUACUUUACUUAUUCAAUAAUGUGUGUCUGAUUGUAUCUGCGUGUGAGAGACCAAUUGGCUUGGCUGCAAAUCAAUGUCAUCAUGUGGGAUUGCUCUUUUGUGUUGAGAAAUUUGGCAACAAGGUUUCAGUAUGUUACUUUUUUAAUGGAUGAAGGGGUGAUGAGCUCCUAUCUGUUAUCCAUCUCUUCUCAAAUAGACCAAGAAGCCAUGAGUUCAAAUCCAACAGCCACUCUGAAUCGCUGAUGUACACCUUGGCAAUGAUGUACAGCUUGGGAGAUACCGAGGUUCUAUUAGCUGGAUAGCUGAUAGGUGAGGUGUGUCGAUUCAGCGGGGAGCUAAUCGACUGAGUUGAGAGAUUGUUGUAAUUUCUGGUGCUUCAACAAACAUAUUCAUAAUGCAAUGUCUCAGACCGUGGAAUAGUGAGUUUUGAGAUUCUUAUUCUCUCAACAGCGGAAACCACGUAAAAAC